AUGGAGAAGCCGACGGCAGGAGAGAAGAGGGUGAAGCAUUACUCCUCUGCUCAGAGCAUUUUGCUCGUCGGCGACGGGGAUUUCUCCUUCUCGCUGGCGCUGGCCACCGCGUUCGGUUCCGGCGCCAACCUCGUCGCCACGUCCCUGGACACCUAUGGGGCUCUGAAGAUCAAGUACCACCAUGCAGAGUCAAAUAUAAUGGAGCUGAAAAGAUUGGGGGCUAGGGUUUUGCAUGGCGUCGAUGUGAAAACAAUGAGGCUUCACACUGACCUGAAGAACAGACGCUUUGACCGAGUCGUCUUUAAUUUUCCUCAUGCAGGUUUCAGAGGAAGAGAGUAUGAGGUGCACAUGAUCAAUUCGCACAGGGAACUUGUUUCUAGUUUUUUCAGCAACGCGCGCCACCUGCUUGGGCGCCAUGGCGAAGUCCAUGUCAGCCAUAAGACAGGACACCCGUACGACAGCUGGGAUCUUGGGGGCCUAGCUUCCGAAUCCUCUCUUCUUCUGAUCGAGAAAGUUGGUUUUCACAAAGAAGACUAUCCUGGCUACCACCAAAAGAAAGGAGAUGGUGUAAAUUGUAACAAGCCAUUCAAACUAGAUCCUUGCUGUACGUUCAAGUUCCAAAUCUCAGAAGCAUGAAAUGUGUGCACGUUCAAGUUCCAGAGUCCAGGAGACCAGGAAUAAUUAUGUAUGUA